AUUUGAUUUAUAUAUAGAGCUUAGUUACUCUGAGGUUGAGCCUGAACCAGCCAUGCUUGAUUAUGGGGUAUAUUGCAUAUUGGAUAGGGGGAUAUGCAGAACAACCCUGCUACUGCUGAUUCCUAUGGUUACAGAUGCCAAUGUCGCUGCUCUUCUGGCUCAGAAGAAUAAUGAGCAGAGUGUUGUUCACACCCUUUCUCUGGGGAGACUGCAUCCCAUGGCUACAUAUGAGCGGAGUUGUGCCUUCUUUAAGGUAGUACUAGCAGCUGGUUGAGCUGCUAGUUUGACAACGAUCUCUGUUAGAUUGUAUAGAUUCCCUGAGGAUGGCUCUGGAUUGUCCUAACACCGUCCAUGUCUGAAUCUGGCGUGGAUUGCGGUGGUGUUUGUUGCGG